CGUCGUCGUCGGCGUUGGCGCCAACGCCGCCGUCAGCAGAGCGCAGGCGCAGAACUUGCAAAGCUUCUGGCUAUGGAAACUUUACGGUCAGUAUAGGUCGGUGACAAAUGCAGCGAGAAAACUUUCCGCAUCUCUUUACUGCGUCGAGUGCAUGGAGCAGUGCAAACAAUCUAAUUGCCCUGGCCCCAAGCCCGGCCUGGACCCGACUCGAACUCCGACUCGAACCCGAACCUGAACCCGAACCUGAACCCCUGCCCGACGAGCUCCUGUUGUUGAUGUCAGCGGCGGAUCCAAGGUUUCGCCCACUGUGGAAUGCUUUGGAAUGCUCCGAUCAGAUCUUUAUACAUGUGCAAUGUCCAAGGGUUUCGGAAUUCGUGUCAGUCAUCGCGAAGAAACAGCGCAGCCAGGGGGUUGGCCGACUGUUGCCACUGUAGGAACCAUCAAUUAUUGAAGUUAACAGACUAAUUCGACAAAUCGAUCAAAUAUUAUGACACGUUCAUUCUGUAAUUACCAGUACCCAUUGCGUAGGUUACAAGGGUGACCGAGUAUUAAACCAAAAUCAAUCCUUACCGACCGCUCAAGUUUUCCUAUAGCAGGUACAUUGAUAGCCGAAAAGAUUCAAUUCAACACAAUAUACUCGAACAAUGAUCCUCUACAGACACCUGAAGUGUACACACAUAUGGGGGCUUUUCUCUGAAGUCGAAUGGGACAGUCUUACAAAUGUACAUACAUACAUAUGUAUGUACGUAAGAAAAAUUUGUUAAUUGUUAAAACGUUGUUCUUAUGAUAACGUAUCUCUUGAGUAGGCCUAUAAGUUACAGGGCAAAGUUCGAUUUUGAGAUUUUUCGAGCGGACAAAUUUUGUAGCGGGUUUCGUGGCCAUCAAUUCCAACUCUGCCAAAGUUUAUCCAAUAAAUGUAUUUUGAUA